AUGGUGGUCACGUACUUGAUCGUUGGGCUCUUCGUUACAUCUAGUAACACAAUUGUAUUGGCAGAUAUGUCCGAAGAAAACGGAGCAUGCGAUACGUUAUUUAAUGAUAUGCUACUCGACCAAACAUGCUGCAUUAGUGAGCGGUUCCCUGAAGACCAAAGUAAAUGUAAAAUUCCCGAAGACGAAGACAAGAUGUGCGACUUCUACAAGUGUGUUGUAGCAGAGCAAAAUGUACUAACUGAUGACGAAAUCGACGAGGGCAAGUUAAAGGAAUUUUUUGACCAGUGGGAGAAAGAUUACCCCAAAGAAAAAGCAAUGACGCUAAGAGCGAGAACGGGGUGUUUGAACGGAAAAUAUCUGGAAUACAUUAACAAAGAUAAUUGCCUAGAAGCGAGGUUGUACUUUUGCAUGUAUAUAAACUCAUUUAUGGAAUGCCAAUCAUGGAAAGAAAGCGAUAGGUGCACUAAAGUAAAGGAACACGCGCAGAAGUGCAAGGAUGUGCAAGGAAUGAAAUGA